AUUCAUCGAUCCCCACCACCACCCUCACCCUCCACCCUUUGUUUCCUUCUCUCCUCUCCUCUCAUCUCAUCUCAAGUGUCAUUUUCUCACACAUACUUCACUUCUAUUUCUUUCUCUCUCUCUCUCUCAAAAUCCCCCUCCUUCUUCUUCUUCUUGUUCUUGAUCUUGUUGUUGUUGUUGAUCGAGAUAGAGAUGGAGUUGUUUCCAGCACAACCAGACUUGUCCUUGCAAAUCAGCCCUCCAACAGGCAACGGCACCGCCAAACAACAAGAAGUUGAUUUGGGGUUCUGGAAGAGAGCCUUGGACUCUUCUAGAACCUCCUUCUCUUCUUCUUCUUCUCCUUCUCCUUCUUCUUCUUCACUCCCCAAACCCACAUCAUACUUCGACCUCUCCCUCUCCAACCCAAGGCCUUCUCCCUCAUCACACUACUUCAAUAACACCGCCACCACCACCCCCACCAAUAAUCAUAAUCUCUUAUUUCAAUCGCUUCAGUACUACCACCACCACCACCACCAUCCACUGUUACAGCCGCAGCCACAGUGGCAGCCGCACACCCUCAGCCAGGAGCUCGGCUUUCUUAGACCAAUUAGAGGGAUCCCGGUGUACCAGAACCCACCUUCUUUGCCAUUCCCGCAGCACCACCAUCACCACCAUCAUCUUCUAGAACCUUCGUCUCCUCCCACCACCGCCAACGCCGGCGCUUCCACUCAUCACUUUCAGUCUCAGGCUUUGAUGCGGUCGAGAUUCUUGUCGCGAUUCCCCGCCAAACGGAGCAUGAGAGCUCCAAGGAUGCGCUGGACUACCACUCUCCAUGCUCGCUUUGUUCAUGCCGUUGAACUCUUAGGUGGCCAUGAAAGGGCUACACCAAAAUCAGUUCUUGAACUAAUGGAUGUCAAGGAUCUCACUCUAGCACAUGUUAAGUCACAUUUACAGAUGUACCGGACGGUGAAAACUACAGAUAGAGCAGCGGCUUCUUCAGGGCAAUCUGAUGUAUAUGAUAAUAGAUCAUCGGGUGAUACAUCUGAAGACAUAAUGUUUGACAUAAACUCACCAUCAACAAGGAGGUCUUCUGAUCUAUCCGUUAAGCAGGGAAGAACAGAUAAUAAUAACAAUAACAAUCAUCUUAAUCAAGAUAAAGAAUAUCGUGGCCUUUGGAGUAACUCUUCCAGGGAAGCUUGGUUGCAUGGGAAGCCAAAGCUUGAUUCUGUUGGGAACAACGUGCAUUCCCUUGAGAAGGAAAUGGAUCCAAAGUGUGUAAGCUAUGAGAGAAUAUCAGAUGGAAGCUCAUCUUCAAACGUGUCAGCAUCAACAAGCCCCAAGAAACCUAAUUUGGAUUUGGAAUUCACAUUGGGACAACCACUUUGAGAUAUUAUUAAUUAUUAUUAUUAUUAUUAAUU